AUGGUCGAUCGCCGCGUUUCAUCAGUCUCAAAGGGCGCAGUUCCCUCCCGCAACAGCAGUCUGAACAAGCCACGGACGUCCAAUGUUGGUGGAGCACGCGGUUUACUUCCACGGUCGCCUCUCUCACCGCCGAGUUUACUCAACGGCAGUGCCGACUCAGUGACGGUCGAAAAUGGCCAUCUCAGCCUGCCUUCCCCACCCCAGAGCCGCAAUUCUUCUCCCCAAGGAUCCUAUACGACAAGCGCGACCACGUUCGAAGAUGGCGAAGAUGGUGGUUCUGACGGCAAGCCCCUCAAGGACGGCAAGGGCAACGUCAUUGUCAGUGUACGAGUCCGGCCAGACGCGGGCGCCAAAGACGGCAAGCACGACGCAGAUUGGGAAGUCAACAACAAGCGCGCACUCAUCUCCUACAAGGGCAAGGAGGGCGGAGACUACAUUUAUGACAACGUAUUCGACCCCCAAGACAACAACGCCCGCGUAUACGAUGCUGCAGCUAAGCGACUCGUCCGACGUGUCAUGGAGGGCUACCACGGUACCGUUUUCGCUUACGGCAUGACUGGAACCGGCAAGACAUUUUCCAUGCAGGGCACUGCUACAAACCCUGGUGUUAUACCAUUGGCUAUUACCGAUAUCUUCUCCUAUAUCCGAGAGACGCCUCAGCGAGAGUUUCUUCUUCGGGUGAGCUAUAUUGAAAUCUAUAAUGAGAAGAUCAUUGAUCUGCUGGCUGGACCCGUCAUUGGUAUGAAUGGCCAGGCUGGACCUACCGAGGAGAUCAAACUGCGCGAGGACAGCAAACGUGGCGUUUAUGCGUCGCCACUAAAGGAAGAAAUCGUGCAGAGUCCCACACAACUUCUGAGGGUCAUCGCCCGUGGCGACAACUCCCGUAAAGUUGCAGGAACUCAAUUCAACGCGCGCAGUUCGCGAAGUCAUGCCGUGGUGCAGAUUGUCGUCGAAAGCCGAGAACGCGCUCCCGGCCCCGCAGCCACUCCGAGUGAGAAGCGAGCGGCUAUCAUUCCCGGUGGUGUCCGUGUGUCGACGCUGAGUCUGAUUGAUUUGGCUGGAUCAGAAAAGGCUGCUGACAGCAAGGAGAGGCGUACUGAGGGUUCCCACAUCAACAAGAGUCUUCUCACCUUGGGUACAGUCAUUGGACGAUUGGCCUCCGACAAGGCAGAGAAGGACAAGGGAAAGGGAGAUAAGCACUUGCCGUACAGAGACAGCAAGCUCACUCGACUUCUCCAGCCUGCUCUUUCUGGUAAUUCGCUGGUCAGUAUCCUAUGUACGAUCCAGGUUGGAGCCAGUGGAAGCGUUGCCGCAGCAGUCAGCCAUACGGGCGAGACACUCAACACCCUCAAGUUCGCAUCUCGUGCUAAGAACAACAUUGUCAGUCAUGCCAAAAAGGCCGACGACUCCAUGGGCGCCGCCGGAGACGCAGGAAGUCGAGCCUUGCUGGACCGCUACCGAUUAGAGAUCGAGGAUCUGAAGAAACAGCUCGCGGAAGGCAAGAGCAAGGAGACUAAAGAGCCAAAGGAAGAGGUACACGAUGAGCUGAAAAUCAUCAAGGAAGAAGAGAAGGCGCGCGAACUAGAGGACAAGCAGCGGCACGAAGAGCAGAUGCUUGAGAUGCAACUGGCAAGAACUGCGCUGAAGGAGCGAAUCGAGCAUCUCAACAGGCUGAUUCUGAGCUCCAAGUCUCUGGGAGUGAACAAUGGCCGGUCAUUUUCAUCCAUGAGCUUCCAGCGUGGCUCCGUCAUGAGCACCACCCACCCCGGUAUCGAGAGAACGAGCUCCAUCCGAUCAUCCGCAAGCCAUGCCACGCUCGAAGUACCCGGUCGAAACCAAGCAACGCCACACCUACACAUGGACGGCUCUGAAGAGGACGACUCCUUUGGUGAGAACGGAGAUGGCAUUGCGAGCCAGGCGGUGCAGAUACAAGCACUGCAGGCUGAUCUAGCGGAUAAGAACCGUUACAUCGCGACCCUUGAGAAGCGGUUGUUGCACGCUCGCCGAGCAAGCCACUCUCGCAUCUCCAUGUCACUGUCGCACAAACUCGUGGGCAGCACCGAGGAAGGAACCAUGAUUGCAGCCCUUGCUGAAAGGGAUAACGAGAUCAUGAACCUUCGCGGUCAGCUUGAAGACAAGGAGCGAAUGAUUUCGGCCCUUACGUCCGCCCGCAAGAAGAACGACAACGCGCAUGAGGUGGGAAGUGAAUCACCGGGCAGCCGGCGCACGUCCGGUUACCGACGCAGUGCCAGCGAUGGUAGCGGAGUUAGCAUGAUUCCCACCAAAGGAGGAUCAACGUCGCCUGCUACUAGUAUUACAGCCCCGUUCCCCCUCCCAGCCAAUCAUUCCAGCAAGAACAUCGAGGAGAUGACGCGCAUGCUCGAUGAGAUGAUCACCGGUCGUGUUGAGAAGACCACCAGGCGAAGCAGCUUGAAACCUGUUACGGAGAGUUGAGCGACUCGUCUGCACAGCCAGAGCGAGACAGAGCUAUGACUUGUAUUUCACGCCAGCGAAAAACGACACGAAGUAUCGUAACGAAGAUGAGAUAAGACGUCAGCACGGGCGGCGUGACACGGCGCAGUACUUUUACAACAUUUUCCAUUCUCCGCCUACCCUCGGUCACCGAGGAACAGCACAGCGACAGGCGUUUAGGGAACGGAGUAAUAAUGGCACAGGAAUGGCACUCGGAAAAGCGCGACUGCAUAUGGGAAAUGUGUCCAUGGGCAGGGUCUGGCGCGCGGCUUCCUCCUGCAGUUUCUUGUUUCUAUUUUGCGAUUGCGGCCCCGGACGGCUUGUACAUUACCACCUUUUUUUCUUUCUUUCUUGAUUUUCUCUCUUCUUUCCUGUGCCGAGGGACUUUCGAUCUGAUACCCCCUUUUUUUACAUAACUUCUGCGAUACUCCCUUGGUUAUGGCAUGCGCAUAGCAGCUGCUAUAUCUAGUAGCUUCUAUAUAUCCCCGGGUGUGCCGUCUUACCGCCUGAAUGAAAUGCCCUUUAAUGGUAUUCUAUCAAAA